AUGGUACAAGAUACAGUACAACCGUAUACCGCAAUACCAACUGAUAUUAUGCCACGCAAACUCAAGUUAGGAAUCAAAGCUACCGCGAGGAAGGAUCCUCAAUGGACUGGAUUGACUGAAUUGCAUGCAGCCGUACUAACUGGCAGUGAAGAUGGAUUCCGAUCCCUCAAGGAAAGAAAAUGGUCCCUGCUCGAGACAAAAGAUAAACGGGGUCGAACAGCGUUACACUGGGCCGCCACCACUGGAACUGAAGAAAUAGUAUCAUUUCUGUUCGACCGAAAUGCUGAUGUCAAGACCAAAGAUUCGAUCUUUGGACAGACACCACUGCAUUGGGCGGCGAAAUAUGGACGAUAUCAGGUUAUUACUCAGUUUUUGCACAAGGAUGUUGGCAUUUUAGACAUCAAAGACCCGCACGGGGCGACAGCGUUGCAUUAUGCGGCAGAAAAUGGUCAUGAAGCAGUGACCAGAAUGAACGGACACCGGUUAUGUGCGGCAAUAGUGAAUGGGCAUGAACCAGUGGUGGGGCUUCUGCUCAAGAACGGAGCUCAAGUCGAUCGCAAAGACGGCCUUGGACGAACAACGCUUUCGCUGAUUGCUAUGGGCGGGCUGGAAGACUUGAUCACGAUAGUUGUUGAAAAAGGGGCAGAUAUCAACUCCCCAGACAGCAAUGGUUGGACGCCCCUAUGGAGAGCUUCAUUGAAUGGGAGCGAAAGAAUGCUCCAAUUACUGAUUGAAAAGGGAGCGGAUACAGAGGCACAAGACUCGCACGUCUCGACGCCCCUUAUAUGGGCUGCAAAGAACGGGUGUGAGCAGAUGGUUGUAUUGUUGCUAAGGGCUGGGGCUGAUCCCAAGUUUCAGGAUAGAUUCGGACGCACACCAUUAUCCUGGGCGUCUACCAAUGGAUUCGAGUCGAUUGUGCAGCAGCUGAUGGGUAUCACACAAGUUUUCGGCGAUGUCAAAACGAGUAUAGCCCAACUGGAUCUCGUCCAAUUGUGUGAUGUAAUGAAGACACUCGAUAAGAGCCAUGACGACUUGGCUCUCGAAUGGCUCUUUGAGCUAUUAUGGCCUUCGCACAUUUCUUCCAAAGUGCGCUUGGGAGAAGAAUUGACCAUGAAGGCAGUUCUUUCUGGGGGUGCCGAUGACGCUGUAUCUCUCGCCUUGGAGAUUGCGAAGCACAGUGAGCGAUCACGGGGUAUUUUGAAUGUAGAUACUCUGGAAAUUUCCAUUUUUGUCUCUCGACUCAGCACUACAGCAGGUCGGCGCGUUCAGUUCCAAACCCCUCAUAAGGCGGAAGAGUUCUACCUCUACGCCGCCGGCAUUCAUGAGACUAUUCUGAACUCUUUCGUCCGAGACGCAGUUAAUGCAAAGGAAUCGCGAAGCAAAUCCACUGCCGCUGAAAGAUACGUCGAUGUCCCGACACAUUUCUACCUUCUUAAGCUUGCCGUCGAGCGCUUAGGAUGGUGGCCCAGAGGUUAUAGCAUUUAUAAGAGGUUGAAUGCGAAUCUCUUCCAGAAUUUCAUAGAUUAUCUGAUAGAUUUUGAAGGGGUAGAGCGGUGGAAUCUGAAGAAGUUUGGUUCAGGCAGAGCAGAAGCAGAUGACGACUUGUUGGAUCUUGAUCAUAUAAAAUUAGUCCAGAAACUACCCUAG